AUGUCAGACGAGCUGAAGCAGGUCUUCGCGAGGCGCGGCGCCCUGGCCGUCGCCUUCGGCAUGGCCUCAAUCGUCGGCAUUACCCCGCUGCUCGCGUGGGGGCUGCGGGGGCUGCCGUUUGAACCAAGGGAGUUCGCCACGGGCCUGGCGAUCUUCGCGGUCAUGCCGACAACGCUGGGUGUGGGUAUCUCGCUGGUCACGAGCGCCAAGGGCAACGUGGCCAUGGCGAUAUUCCUGACGGUGGCCUCCAACAUUGUGGGGGUGGCCCUCAUCCCCGUCUGGCUGCAGGCCGUCAUCGGAGGCGGCCAUACUGCGGGCAUUGGGUCCAAGCUCACCAUUGACUACGCCCCCACGUUUGUGAAGCUGCUGCUCAGCUGCCUCGUCCCGACCGUCGCCGGGAAGCUGCUCCGGGAGUUCUGUGGGCCCGCGCGCCGCCUGGCCGCCAACCACAAGCAGAAGCUGUCGCUGUUUUCGAACGGCAACCUGGCGGUGCUGAUCUGGCAGACGAUCUCGAGCGCGCAGCCGCUGAUUGUGGCGCUGCCUUUUGGGACGAUGCUGUUGACCAUUAUUGCCGCGAUCCUGCUGCACGUGAUAUAUCUGAUCUUCAAUGCGAUCGUCGUGGCGCUGCUGCGGCUUCCCAUGCCGGAGGCCGCCUGCGUCGUCAUUAUGGCAUCACAAAAG